CUCUGCACGAGUGAGAGCUAUAUAGCAUUCCAGUUCCGUGACAAAUGGUUGGCAUCGUGUCAUUGUAAAAGGUACAGAAUACUUACGAGCAAUACUUAUUCUACAUUUAGCAAAUCAUCUUUCUCUAAAAAUAUUCAUAAAUUGUAAGUACAAAUGAACUCUAAGCAAUGUGUUAAACUAACUUGUUAACAUUUAGGCCGAGGGAAGGCUUUGAUUAUCAUUGUUCGGAGAGCAGAUGAGAUAGAAGAAAAACCAUUAAUGGUUUUUACUCAUCCGAACAAAACUCAAAAAUUAAUGAUGAGUACGGUUGGACAGGAGGAAUCUAACCUAGAUUCAACAGGCUAUGACUGUGCACUUUGUGACAAGCCGAACCACGCCGACAAGCAAAUGGUUUAUUGCAAAACCUGUAAGCGCUGGUUCCACUUUUUCUGCGUAGGUGUCACAGAAGCAAUUAAGGACGUUUCAUGGAAUUGCGAGGGCUGUCAAAAUAAUCCGGAUGCGAAUUCUGGCAUAGAAGAUGGAAAUGAGUCGAACGAUUCCAUUCUCGACAUUGCAAACGUUGGUUUCAAGAGCAAUGAAAUGUGGCUGGCCAACGAGCAGGAGCAAGAAAAGGUCGAUCAGGACCACAAACGUGACCUGGAACUUAUGAAGGAGAUAAAGCGAAGUAAUUUCCGCCGGGAGUUGAAGCGCCAGGAGCUGCAACAUCUGGCAGAUCUUGAACUUGAACGCGAGAUAUUAGAGAUGAAGCGGAUAGCUGAUGAAAAGUUCCGGAAAAUGAAGGAGGAACUGUCAAUACAGUAUAGUAGCAGAAAUACUGCGGGGGCAACAGACAUUGGCGACAAACUCAGUCGGGACGAGGCAAAAAGGGAAACAUUGUGGAUGGAUUCGAUGCGAAACCCGGGAAAACAAAGGCAGCAACCAAUGCCUGCUGAUUACCGUGGCGCUUAUCCAAAAAGCUCCACACCUGCUGUCGAAAACCACCUGGGCAAUCCACCGCCACGAAAGCUGGGCACUACUUCGUCGCGAAAUCCGCACAUACGAUCCAAAAAGGUAUUACAACGUGAGCCUUCGUUGUACGAUAACCGUGACUCGUCGUGUGGCGAUGAUUCGGAUAGCGAAGGCAGCUAUGUAGAAGAACGAUGGGAGCGACCAGAGAGAAAACUAACGAAAGCACACUUAGCGGCCAGAAAAGGGCCAUUUCAGAAGCUUCCAUUCUUUACGGGAAGGCCCGAAGAGUGGCCAAUGUUCUUCAGCAGUUGGCACAACAGUAAUAAAGCCUGCAACUGGUCAAAUUUGGAAAAUCUUGGCAGAUUGCAGGACAGUAUCAAAGGGGCCGCGCUCGAAGCGGUGAGAAGCAGAUUGUUAUUACCGGAAAUGGUGCCAGCCGUCAUCGAGACUCUUAAAAACCUAUAUGGUCGACCGGAACAACUUCUCCAGACACUAGUAGCAAAGGCAAAAAGAGCGGACCCCCCACGCAUCGACCGAUUGCAGACGUUCAUCAAGUUCGGCGUCGUUGUACAGCAACUUAGCGACCACCUAACUGCAGCCGGCCUCCGGGACCACCUGGUAAACCCCAUGCUGAUUCAUGAGCUUGUGGAUAAACUUCCAUCUAGCACUAAGCUUGAGUGGGUGCGCUACAAACGACAGCGAGCUAUAGUGACUUUGGCAACAUUUGCGGAUUUUUUGUCAGAGAUCGUAUCGGAGGCCAGUGAAGUGACGCUCUUCACCGAAAUGCAGCCGGAGCAAAACCGCCGGGAUGCCAAGGACAGACGCGAACAUACGCGCAGAGACAGACAACCGGAAGGGUUCCUGCACACACAUUUCGGCGAGGGGGAAGACUGGUGUCCGGCUGUCCAAAAGCAGUACGACAGAAAAUCAGAAGAGCUGGAGGAUAAGCGUAAACUCUGUCGAGUCUGCAAUCGGACAGAUCAUCGAAUUCGCUACUGCGAAGAUUUUCGUAAGCUCUCCUGGGACCAACGAAUGAGGGAGGUAAACAGGUGGAAAUUAUGCAACAUUUGCCUGAACGAACAUGGUCAGACGCGAUGUCGUUUCAAGAUUAAAUGUACCGUUGGGACCUGCCAAGAACGACAUCAUCCAUUGCUUCAUCCGCCGAACCAUCAGCGCUAUUUGACACCUGUGACAACAGAUUGCAACGCCCAUGAUUUGCAGUCAAAUCAACCAGUUCUAUUUCGAAUGGUUCCGGUCAGGCUGACCAACGGUAAGCGGUUCGUGGACGUGAUCGCCUUUCUCGAUGAGGGCGCAUCCUAUUCGCUUGUGGAAAGGGAAGUGGCAGAACAUAUUAAGCUAGAAGGGGAGUCACAGCCAAUUCUGGUGAAAUGGACUGCCGGAAUGACACGUAUGGAACGUGACUCAAAACGUGUUGAUCUGUCGAUCUCGGGGCGAAAUUCGAUGAAGCAAUUCGCUUUGAAAAAUGUUCACACAGUUGAUCAACUAAAACUACCAAAGCAAACGUUGGACUACACGCAUGUUGCAGCAAAAUAUAGUCACUUGAAAGGUUUGCCUGUGACCGAUUAUCGUAGUGGUACUCCAAAAAUUUUGAUUGGUCUGAAACAUCUACAUGUUUACGCCCCUCUGGAAUCACGUAUUGGAAAUGCAGGUGAACCAAUUGCAGUGCGUACUCAUCUUGGAUGGACAGUUUAUGGUCCACAGGAAGGUGGCGAGUCUUCGACAACAUUUUCCUGUCAUCAUGAUGUUCAGCGAGCGGCGGAUCUUGAACUCCAUGAACUACUUCGGAGCCAUUACGUGCUGGAGGAAUCUGGAAUAUCAGUUACCAUGCUUCCGGAAUCAGUCGAUGAUCGCCGCGCUCGCAAAAUAUUAGAGGAAACUACCGUCUGGGUGGGAGACCGUUACGAAACCGGUCUUUUGUGGAAGAAAGACCACCCUGAAUUACCGGACAGCUACCCCAUGGCAGUGAAGCGAAUGCAAAAUCUGGAAAAGAAGCUGUCCAAGAAUCCUGAAUUGCAAAGGAACGUGUCCCAGCAAAUCAAUCAGUAUUUGGAAAAGGGAUACGCACACAAAUUAACGGUGCAGGAUACAGAGGACGCGGUACCAGGUAAACUUUGGUACCUUCCAUUGAACGUGGUACUCAACUCGAAGAAACCAAACAAGGUUCGUCUGGUUUGGGAUGCGGCAGCAGCAGUCAAAGGAAUCUCGCUCAAUUCAGCAUUACUCAAGGGACCGGAUCUACUCACUAACCUGCCCGUCGUGCUGUAUCAUUUCCGUGAGCGGCCAAUCGCUUUUGGGGGCGACAUCACUGAAAUGUAUCACCAGAUUCAGAUCAGGCGGAGUGAUAAGCAGUCACAGCGGUUUCUUUUUCGAAACGACCCAUCCGGUCCCCCACAAACCUACGUAAUGGACGUGGCAACCUUUGGAUCAACGUCAUCUCCGUGCUCCGCGCAGUACAUAAAAAAUAAAAAUGCGCGAGAGUUUAUUGAGCAGUUUCCGGAUGCGGUAGAAGCGAUUAUUGGCAAGCACUACGUCGACGAUUACUUAGACAGCACCGAUACUGUCGAGAGUGCGAUCAAACGAGCAGUCGAAGUAAGGAUGAUCCAUUCCAAGGCUGGAUUCCGCAUUCGUAGUUGGGUCUCUAACUCUGCUGCCUUUCUUGAAGAACUAGGCGAGCCUAGAACAGACAAACUGGUUCACUUCAGUUCCGACAAAACUACCACUACUGAGCGUGUUCUAGGGGUUUCAUGGGAUGCGUCGGAAGAUGUUUUCGUGUUCUCAACUAAACUACGAAGUGAUCUUGAACCGUUCAUUACGGGAAGCAAGCGGCCAACGAAGCGCCAAGUAUCCAGCUGCGUCAUGAGCUUCUUUGAUCCUCACGGUUUCCUAGCUCCAUUUACGAUUCACGGAAAGCUGAUCAUCCAAGACUUGUGGCGGAGCGGGUGCUCUUGGGAUGAGAAAAUUGACGACGAUUCUGCUGACAAGUGGAACCGAUGGACUGCGGCAAUGCUGGCAGUCGAUAAAUUAAGAAUACCCCGUUGCUAUUUCUCUUCAGCACUCCCACAGGACCGCGAAAACUUGCAGCUACACGUUUUUGUUGAUGCAAGCGAAACCGCCUACGGUUGUGUCGCAUAUUUUCGAGCCGUGAUUGAUGGUAAGCCUAGGUGUGCACUAGUCGCAUCCAAAGCAAAAGUUGCGCCGUUGCAGCAUCUGUCUAUUCCUAGAUUGGAACUACUAGCGGCAGUUAUUGGUGCUAGGUUAUCCCAGUCAAUUAAGACAGGACACUCUUUUCCCAUCACUAGAACCUUCCUAUGGACCGACUCUCGGACGGUAUUGGCGUGGAUUCAAUCAGACCACCGGAAAUACAAACAGUUCGUGGCGUUCCGCAUAGGUGAAAUUCUCAGUCAGGUAGGCCCCGAUGAUUGGCGCUGGCUCCCAAGCAAAAUGAACAGCGCUGAUGUAUUAACGAAAUGGAAACCCGGUCAGCCUUUGGAUUCAAACGGUGAAUAUGUGAAAGGACACGAAUUUCUGCACCGUCCGAUGCAAUAUUGGCCUCCUGAAGAAACUGUGACACCAAAUCCAAAGGAAGAGCUUCGAGCCGUUCAUUUGUUUCACGAAAUAGUUUCCACUCAAACGCUUAUUGACUCCACCCGCUUUUCAUGUUGGAACGUUUUAAUUAGAACGGUUGCCUGUAUUUUUCGGUUCAUUUCGAACUGUCGCACGAAAAAAUUACACCAACGAAUUGCAGCGUUGCCUGCCUCACCGAGGCUCUUGAAGGUUAUAAACAAGCCAUUGACAGCAGUAGUGACCCCACUUACCAGAGAGGAAUAUCGAAGUGCUGAAAAUUACCUAUGGAGAAUGGUUCAACAAGAGACCUUUGGCGACGAAGUAAAGAUCUUGUUCAAGAAUCGCGGUUUGCCUCCCGAGCGAUGGUACGCUUUAGAACGUUGCAGUCCUCUAUUCAAACUAUCACCGAUGUUGGAUGAGCAUAAUGUUAUCCGGUUGGAGAGUCGAUCUGCACAUGCUGAAUUUAUUUCGUUCGAGCUGAGAUUUCCGAUUGUGCUCCCUAAAGACCAUGACGUCACUAAGAAGCUUUUACUUUUCUACCACAAGAAAUUUGGUCACGCUAAUCGUGAGACGGUAGUGAACGAGAUUCGACAGCGCUUUUAUAUCCCGAAAUUGCGCGCAGCAGUACUACAGGUAUCGAAGAAAUGCAUCUGGUGUCGAGUCCACAAAUGUUCUCCAACAUUUCCCAGAAUGGCACCUUUGCCCGAUCAGAGGCUCACGUCGAGAAUGCGACCAUUUAGUUUCGUGGGCAUCGACUAUUUUGGGCCACUCAACGUUACUGUCGGACGGCGGAACGAAAAGCGAUGGGUGGCAUUGAUGACGUGCUUGACCACUAGAGCCAUACACAUGGAGGUUGCUCACGGUCUCACCAGCCAGGCGUGCAUCAUGGCCAUACGUAGAUUUAUGUGUCGCAGAGGAGUCCCCCUUGAAUUCUUUUCGGAUAAUGGGACAAAUUUUCAAGCUGUAAGUAAAGAGUUUGGAAGGCUAGGAAGACAAAUUGACAUCGAUUGCGCGGAAGCUUUCACGGAUGCUCGAACGCAGUGGCACUUCAACCCACCUUCGGCCCCUCACAUGGGUGGUAGCUGGGAAAGGCUGGUGAGGUCUGCAAAGGAGGCAAUGAAGGCAUUCGAUGAUGGAAGAAAACUAACCGACGAAGUGUUGUUGACUGUUUUGGCAGAAUCGGAAGAAAUGAUCAACUCUCGGCCGUUGACGUACAUGCCUCAGGAGUCAGCGGAGGAAGAGGCCUUGACACCUAAUCAUUUCCUUCGUGGACUGCCAUCCGAUGAACGCAAGUUGGAACCUGUAGCCGUCAACCCGGCUGAAGCUCUUAGGGACCAGUACAAGAGAUCACAACAACUGGCAGAUGUGCUGUGGCAGCGAUGGGUGAAAGAAUAUAUUCCUACCAUCAACCGUCGGACUAAGUGGUAUGAAGAUUCCGAGCCGAUUGCUGUAGGUGAUUUAGUGUAUAUAACGGAUGGAAGCAGCCGCAGAUGCUGGACUCGUGGUGUUGUGGAACAGUUGAUUCGAGGUCGCGACGGGAGAGUACGCCAGGCGAUGGUCAGAACGAACAGAAGGAUACUGCGUCGCGCGGUGACAAAGCUAGCGGUACUAGAGCUAGGUGGUAAAUCUGGCCAAGGAACCGAGCUUGGACCAGAGUUACGGGAGGGGGGAUUAUUGGCACCACUGCACUGA